GGAUGUUUGUUCUGGGCCUGCCCUAUGCCAUCCUUCAUGGCGGAUACCUAGGACUCUUUUUAAUAAUUUUCGCCGCAGUGGUGUGCUGCUACACUGGGAAAAUCCUUAUUGCCUGUCUUUAUGAAGAGAAUGAGGAUGGGGAGAUAGUCAGGGUGAGAGACUCCUACGUGGACAUAGCGAACGCGUGCUGCGCGCCUCGCUUCCCCACCCUCGGUGGCAGAAUUGUGAACGUGGCUCAGAUCAUUGAACUGGUCAUGACCUGCAUUCUCUACGUGGUGGUCAGUGGGAACCUGAUGUACAAUAGCUUCCCCAAUUUGCCCGUCUCCCAGAAGUCGUGGUCCAUCAUUGCCACGGCAGUGCUCCUGCCUUGUGCGUUCUUGAAGAACCUCAAGGCAGUCUCCAAGUUCAGCUUGCUCUGCACCUUAGCCCACUUUGUGAUCAACAUCUUGGUGAUCGCCUACUGCCUCUCCAGGGCACGCGACUGGGCCUGGGACAAAGUCAAGUUUUACAUUGACGUGAAGAAGUUUCCCAUCUCCAUCGGCAUCAUUGUCUUCAGCUACACCUCUCAGAUCUUUCUGCCUUCCUUGGAGGGGAACAUGCAGAACCCCAAGGAGUUUCAUUGCAUGAUGAACUGGACUCACAUAGCAGCUUGCAUCCUUAAGGGACUCUUUGCCUUGGUCGCCUAUCUGACCUGGGCUGACGAGACCAAGGAAGUCAUUACAGACAACUUGCCAUCCACCAUUAGGGCAGUAGUCAACAUUUUCUUGGUGGCCAAAGCCUUGCUCUCGUACCCCUUGCCGUUCUUUGCGGCUGUGGAAGUCCUGGAGCGCUCCCUUUUCCAAGAUGGAAACAGGGCGUUCUUCCCCAACUGCUACGGGGGUGACGGGCGGCUCAAAUCCUGGGGUCUCACCCUCAGAUGUGCCCUGGUGGUUUUCACCCUGCUCAUGGCUAUCUAUGUCCCACAUUUUGCCCUCUUGAUGGGUCUUACUGGGAGCCUCACAGGUGCAGGGCUCUGUUUCCUGCUCCCCAGUCUUUUCCACCUCAAACUCUUGUGGAGGAAGCUCUUGUGGCACCACGUCUUCUUUGAUGUCGCCAUUUUCGUUAUAGGUGGUAUCUGCAGCGUCUCUGGGUUCAUCCACUCUUUAGAAGGCCUCAUAGAAGCCUUCAGAACCAACGCUGAAGACUAAGGAGGGGCCAGAGCCGGUUGCAGUAAGAGAAUCGCAUCGAACAUCCGCAUAGCCAAAUAAUUCUGCAUCCCUUUAAUGGAAAGAGUCAUUAUUUUCGUUAUGUGCAUCCAACAAAUUCUAUGUCAUAGAACCCGCAAAUUAAAGGAAAUAAGAAGAGAUUAAAGUGUCUGCCCUGCCGUCUUUUUAAAUAAGCUAAGAGUUGAAUAUAUUUUUUUGUUAUUUAGAAUUUUUCGAAGGAAAUUAUUCAGCGCCCCACCCCUAUCUCCUCACUCGUUGCCUGAAGCUUGGCCCCCCCCCGCGAAAGACCUGUUGGGAAACACUCGCAGUUUUCAGUAUUCCUUACAGAUAUGCAAUUCAGUGUUUCAGGAGCUGAAACACAGGUGCCGACCCGAUGGGACUGAGUUACCGCGCUCACAGACAGAAGGAAACCAGUCGUGGGUGCUGGGAGCGGGGACUUUUGUUUGACACUGCGUGAGAUGGAUGUAGACGAGACCUAGAUUGUACGACCAGCCCAACAAGUCCGAGCAGCGGCUGAUGACCAGCGAUGCCAGUUACCUGCGAUGUUUACACCGUAGUCACAUAGAUGUCAGGACCGCUUCAUUCUUCCGGCUGAAUUCACACCGAGGAACGGCGUUUCCCAUCGAUGACAAUGUUUUGCCUCUGGUUGAAAUCGUAGACUUGGAGUCCACUUCUCGGUGACUUUUGUUUUGUUUUGUUUUAACGAUUCUUAUUUCUAAAUUAUGACAAGUUUUAAAAAAAAAUAUUGUUGGAUUUGACGUCGUUCAGGAUACAGGAACAAAACUAUGACACAAUUCAUUCUGUGCAAUCUACCAGAUCCGUGGAGCUGUUUCCAAUGUACGUGUGGUGUCAUUGUGGUAAAUAAGAUGAAAAAUGUAUAUCAGAAAAAAAAAAAUAAUCUAUCUUUAACAUAUAAUGUGGUACAUAAAUAUAUCGAAUAAUAAAGAGAAAACAUAGUCGAUGA